CAAAGUCGUAAGGUCUAUAUGAUUCGUUCAGCUGCUACUAAGUUCUUCGCUUGGUGAUUAAAGCCUCUUAGCUGAAGAAAGCCAUGUCAAAUAAUGUUCUCGGACAUGAUUACUUGGGAUUUGACUUACAUACAGUUUCUAGGAUUUUUUUCCUGCUUUGCCUUUUUAUUCUUUUACUAACAGACAGUUGUACUGGGCCAAUCAUGCUAGGACCUGCUUGGUGAGAAACUUGUUGUAAAUGAUCAUUUGUUUGAAAUCAAAUACUAAAACUCAAAAUAAUUUUUAAGUGAGUUUAACUUGUGGAAAAACACCUUACUUUUUGUUGAUUUUGGUUAAUUUUAUUAGUUCCUAAGCAGAUGAUGACUGUAGAUUAUUAUGGAAGUGAAAAUGAAGUCGUGCUCUAAUUAGGCUGAAACAAAUUGUAGUGUGAUAGAAAUAGUCCUUCUGUGUAGGUAUAAAGGACCGAUAAUACAGUAAUGUACAGGGGAAUGGGAUGUUUGCUGAAGAUAAGGCUUUGACAGAAGUGGUCAGCCUGCAUUGCUGACACAGAGCAAUCUUUUUAGGCUUCGUGAAAAUUGAAGGAGACCAAAUUGAUAGAUACUACAGCUUUUACCUGAGUAGAACGAACAAUUGAAUUUGGGGAAAAAUGUAUCAAAUGUCUAAUCUGAAUUAAAACUAUUACAGUGUUAACUUGUACAUUUGAUAUUAAAUGCAAGCUUUAUACUGUUGAGAGUGAGCUUGUGUAGCAAGAGCAUAACAGCUACUGGAGAUGUAACACACAAGCAUUACUUUAACUUGAAGGUAGUGCUUUAGUUGUUGGAAAGGCUUUUUAAUAGCGGUUGAUAUAAUGGUUAUGUUUCUUGUGAUGUAUUUUGGAGGGGUUAUAACAUUGGUCUCCUAAGAACUGAUUAAGAAACAAGUCUGUUUCAUAUUCUUUUACUGAGAAAGUUCUUUUCAGUAGACUUAAACGGUGGUUUGUUACUUUCAAGAGUAGCAGGUGGGGGAAUAAUAUAUAUAAUUUAGAGGAAAGUUGUCAAUAUAUCAAUAUAAAACUAGUAUUCAAUGCUGCAAGUAACCUUUGGAGCUAUUUUAAUACAGAUUUAAGUAGUGUAUUCUACAUCUGAAGUAUAUAAACAGGAAGACUUCUGAGUGUUCUUACAGUUAAAAUUUGGCUAUUAGAUGAUAAGAUUAUUUCUGUAAUACUAAGAAUAGUUUUUAAACAGCUGUUUUUUCAAGUAUUUUGACAUGGUGCUUAGGGAUAUGGUUUAGUGGGUGAUGCUGGUGGUAGGGGGCUGGUUGGACCAGAUGAUCGUGGAGGUCUUUUCAGACCUUUAUGAUUCUAUGACUAUCGGUUCAAAAAGUUUUAACUAUGUGAGUGUAGAAUGUAAUAAUCAGAAUCUAAACACUGAUGUUUCAGAGAAGCGAGUUCCAUUUUGAAAUAUUCAGAAUUACUAGCCUUAAAGCUCCAACUGCUCUGAAUAUAAGGCUGCGUUUAACUGUGAUCGUCACAAACAAAUCUAUAGCCGUUAUGAAAAACUGCAUGGCUGUUUGUGUGUCCAGGAUGCUGAUCUAGGAAAGCUGUUCCUAGAUUUUACAGCAAGAUGACACCUUCACUUCUGUGUUUCUUUUGAAGCUCUUCUCCUUGCUCUUGUCCUCUCACAACCUUGAAAUAUGAGGAGUUGAAUUGAGAGUGCUGCCUUUCUGCUUGAGUCCCGUUACAACCCAGGGAUCACAAACACAGCAACUACAGAAGCAUUAUGGCAUUACCUCACCUAUCAGUUUAGCUGCCCCCAAGGAGUUUGACUGCAUGCUUACCCAGAAAUUAAUCGAAACCCUAAAACCCUAUGGUGUAUUUGAAGAGGAAGAAGAACUGCAACGCAGGAUUCUAAUUUUGGGAAAAUUAAAUAACCUGGUAAAGGAGUGGAUACGGGAAAUCAGUGAAAGCAAGAAUCUUCCACAGUCUGUAAUAGAAAAUGUUGGAGGAAAAAUUUUUACAUUUGGAUCCUAUAGAUUAGGGGUUCAUACAAAAGGUGCUGAUAUUGAUGCCCUGUGUGUUGCACCAAGACAUGUUGAAAGAAGUGAUUUUUUCACAUCAUUUUAUGAAAAACUGAAACAACAAGAAGAAGUAAAAGAUUUGAGGGCUGUUGAAGAAGCUUUUGUCCCAGUUAUUAAACUUUGUUUUGAUGGAAUAGAGAUUGAUAUUUUGUUCGCAAGAUUAGCGCUGCAAACUAUUCCUGAGGACUUAGACCUCCGAGAUGAUAGCCUACUUAAAAAUUUAGACAUUAGAUGCAUACGAAGUCUUAAUGGUUGCCGGGUAACCGAUGAAAUUCUGCAUCUAGUACCAAACAUUGACAACUUCAGGUUAACACUGAGAGCUAUCAAACUGUGGGCAAAACGCCACAACAUCUAUUCCAAUAUACUAGGUUUCCUUGGCGGUGUUUCCUGGGCUAUGCUAGUAGCAAGAACUUGCCAGCUUUAUCCAAAUGCAAUAGCAUCAACUCUUGUACAUAAAUUUUUCUUGGUAUUUUCUAAAUGGGAAUGGCCAAAUCCAGUGCUAUUGAAACAGCCAGAAGAAUGCAAUCUUAAUUUGCCUGUAUGGGACCCAAGGGUAAACCCCAGUGAUAGGUACCAUCUUAUGCCUAUAAUUACACCAGCAUACCCACAGCAGAACUCUACCUACAAUGUGUCCGUUUCCACACGGAUGGUCAUGGUUGAGGAAUUUAAACAAGGUCUUGCUAUCACAGAUGAAAUUUUGCUGAGUAAGGCAGAGUGGUCCAAACUUUUUGAAGCUCCAAACUUCUUUCAAAAGUACAAGCAUUAUAUUGUACUUCUAGCAAGCGCACCGACAGAAAAACAGCGACUAGAAUGGGUGGGAUUGGUGGAAUCAAAAAUCCGUAUUCUAGUUGGAAACCUGGAGAAGAAUGAAUUCAUUACACUGGCUCAUGUGAAUCCACAGUCAUUCCCAGCACCCAAGGAGAAUCCUGACAAGGAAGAAUACCGUACAAUGUGGGUGAUUGGGUUGGUGUUCAAGAAAACCGAAAAUUCUGAAAAUUUAAGCGUUGAUCUUACUUACGACAUUCAGUCUUUUACAGACACAGUUUAUAGGCAAGCAAUAAACAGCAAGAUGUUUGAGAUGGAUAUGAAGAUUGCUGCAAGGCAUGUGAAACGUAAGCAACUUCAUCAACUGCUACCUAAUCACGUGCUUCAGAAAAAGAAAAAGCAUUCAACAGAAGGGGUCAGAUUGACAGCUCUGAAUGACAGCAGCCUAGACUUGUCUAUGGAUAGUGAUAACAGCACGUCUGUGCCUUCACCUACUAGUGCUAUGAAGACGAGUCCAUUGAACAGUUCUGGAAGUUCUCAGGGCAGAAGCAGUCCUGCGCCAGCUGUAACAGCAGCAUCUGUGACCAACAUACAGGCUUCUGAAGUCACUGUGCCACAAACAAAUUCCAGUGAAAGCUCAGGGGGUACUUCAAGUGAAAGCAUUCCUCAAACUGCCACACAGCCAGCCAUUUCUCCACCACCAAAGCCUACCAUCUCCAGAGUUGUUUCCUCAGCACAUCCAAUAAAUCCAUCACCCAGAACUUCAGGAAAUGUUGCAACAAAAACACCUAGCCCUGUCACAGCAGUGAAAAGGACAUCUUCUCCUCAUAAAGAAGAGUCUCCCAAGAAAAUAAAAAUUGAAGAGCAGGAUGAAAUAAGUGAAGAUUCUAGCUGUAUAGAUCUGAAUGAGCAUGAAAAAAUGGAAACUAAGGAGCAACUCGAGACAGAAGUGAAUGUUAAUUCCCAAACAGAAACUCUUCAGACAACUUUACAAGCUCCUCAGAAAACACCCAGUACAGACCUUUCAGAUAUCCCUGCUCUCCCUGCAAAUCCUAUUCCUGUUAUCAAGAAUUCAAUAAAAUUGAGAUUGAACCGGUAAAAACAACCUCAGGGGUCCAUAAACAAUAUCUGCCAACUCAACCUGUUGUCUUCUAAUGCUAGAAAAAAAGGAGAACAGAGGGUGCAAGACUAGAACAUGAUCGGAAAUGGAUUUAGGUAUAUUUUGUGCACUUCCCUUUCUGGGCUAAAAUCACCACUUGAUUGGAAGUCCAGGUUAGUAUGUGAAGCCAGGAGUACUAUUAAUGUGUUAGCAACAGUUGCAUUAAAUAUUUCAAAGGAUUACUGCCUUUAAAAACAUGAACACUAUUUGUAGCCAUAUUUGACAUUCUGAUUGAAUUUGUUUGAUGCAUUGUUUCAAAAUUGAGAUAAAACUGGCAUAAGAAUCCCUCGAAUGCACUUUUAUGUACUUUUUUUAUUGGAGUAUGACUAAUUUUAGAUCUUCAGCUGAUACACUUUCGUUUUAUUGAAGAAUCUCUUCAGUAGUAGUAAUCAGCAAAUUGGGUGACAUUCUAUGACAUACUUUACAUUAAAACAAAGUGUAUAGUAUAACUAGUUCAACUGCCAUCAAGCAGCAGUAAGCCUUUAAAGAGGAAUGUCCAAUCUUGAGGUAAUAAGACAUAUGUCAAGGAAGUAAUUGGGAAGUUUUCAGUAUUGGUGGGACAUGGUUAAGAUGUGGUCUACUUUUAUUUAUAGGAUUGUUUUAAGGUGCAUACAGAUCAUCAGUCAAACAGCAAAUAAAAUUUCCUUUGAGCUAAUCAAACUCCUUAUUUCCUUUUUGAACCCUUUAUUGUAUUUCUUGGGAAAAGCUUUUGCAUUUAGUGUUGGGGUUUUUAUUGCAGCUUGUAUGCACCAUAAAGGACAGUAGCUAUACAAAACAAAAACAAGCCAGACCCUAAUAUUGUUUUUCCCCCCCCUUACAUAAUCACAAUACCUUGUGGCCUGUAGGCACAAAUUCAGAAGUUUGUCCCAUCACUAAAGCGUUUAAGUAAAUGUGUGCCUGUGAAAUACAACACCUGUCUUGAUGGCCUUCGAAUCACUAAAUAUAAGAUGAUUUUUGUACACUCCAUAAAAGUUCUGUAUGCGUUAAAAAGGUUCAAAUUUUAAAUAAAAGCAAAAAGUUUUUUCCCAGAGGAUUUUAACCUUUUUAUUUUUAGAUGGCUCAUCGAAAAUAGUUUUACAUAUUGAACAACAUUGAAUUUUUAAAAAUCAUAUUUCUAGUAAGCACUUGACAUCUAGUAAGCUCUCUUACUCCUAUUUUUUGUUCUGUAGUCCUAUCAAAAAGAUAAGUAACUACUUUUUCUUUUGAACGAACUGAAUCUCUCAUGGCAAAGAACAACAGUAUUUGAGGAACAUGAGGGAUAUCAGCAGUAAUACCAGAUGUAGAUAACAAACUUCAUGUUACUAUUACUUAGUCUGAAAUACGUGGGAUGUCAAAUCAUAUUUCCCAUACUUUGAUUAGCAUGUUUUAUGAACUCCCUUCUCAUUGUGCUCAUCCUAUUUACACGUGCAUCUUUCAUGUUAAAAUUAAAUUACUUACACUCUUCCCCUUAUCCUUCUAAAUUAAUUCUCCAAAGUCAGAGUGUAGCUUAUCUUUUACUUAGGCUGUGCAGUAACUGAAGGGUUUUUUUUGCCAUUUGUCUAAGAUGUCUAGUAUACAAUACUUCUCUUUUCCUUGCCCUGUGCAGCCUGCUGUUGUCCACCCCAAAAAGAAGGUUAUAUUAACAGUUGAAGUGUACAAGGUGUCUGUGUAUUUUGUGUAGCUAUGGAGUUUAGAUCGAAAUUGCCAGGCACAAAUUUAGUCUUGUCAUUUUGUUUACACAUCAGAAAGUCUUUUUCAUUUUAUUAAACGUUUCAUGUAACUGCACCCAAGUUUUGCCAAGCUGGAAACUUGGAACCUUUCUGUAUAGUGACUUUUUAAUUCUAGUUUUCAUAACCUGGAGAUCAGACUGUUGCUUUCGCAUGAUGUACGUAGUGUCUCAUGACUGGAGUUUGCUUUGUUUUAUAGUAUCUGUACUCCUUGUAUUUUUCAAGAGCUAUUUUGUAAACAGAUGAUGUAUUUCUCCAUUGAAAACACAAUAAAAAACAGCACAAUCCCA